GAAGACGAGUUCCCGUGUAUGCCCACUGUGACUGCCUAUGACUCACGACUGGUCAGCCGCAACAACCAGCGCCCUCUCCCGCAGAACAGCCACGUGUUGCCAUAUGAAACUAGUCUGGCGAGUAUCAAGUGCAACUACAGUGAAGACCCAAUGGGACACUUGAUGGGCGGGUACUACAAUGCAAGCUACAUCAAGGGAGCGUCUAACAGGAACAAGGUCAAGUACGUGGCCGUCUGUCACCCGAAGAGUGCGGAGUGUGUGCGUGGCUUCUGGCGACUGGUCUGGGACACCAACGUGCCCUGUAUCGUCAUGCUAGAGGACUAUGACAACAACGGAAAAACAAUGUGUGUGGAUUAUCUUCCGGAGGAUGACGUCAAGCCACUGUAUGUGCACCACUUCACCCUUCUGCAGAAGGGACUCACCCAGACGCCCUCCUCCUACCACACAGAGUCCACCAUUGUCAUGCUCAACAGACAGACGGUGGAGAAGCGUACCAUUCUGGUGGUAUACUACCCUGGCUUCCCUGCCAACGGGGACUUGGCCAAAGUGAGCCAGGUGCUGGAGUUCGUGUUGCAGGUCAGAGGUGCAUUCAAGCCACACGCAGCCAGGAACUCGUCCGAGAUACUUGUACACUGUCCAAACGGAUCCCGCUCGUGUGGUCUGUACAUUGCGAGCGACAGACUGUUGCAGGAGGCCUCGGAGAAGACAUACAGUGACGUGAUGGGCUGUGUGGCCGACCUCCGCAUAUGCAGGAGAGACAUGAUACCCGUCAUACAUCAGUACCUGUUUCUGUACCAAUUGGUGCUCCUCUUCUUGACAAAACACAAGUCGUCAUUCAUCACACGCAAGAAUCUGGGAAACCUUUGGACGGGGGACCAAUUGGAAGAAGACAUCAAAACACACAAUGAGAGCAGAGAGAACUCAGACGCCGCCGAGAAGACUCUGGAUGACCCCCUGGCACUGCCGGCCAUUGCAGAGCUGAGCGCAGACAGUCUGCCCCAGUUGUCGGAGUUGAAUGACCCGGAAAAUUCAGGAGAGGGGGAGGAUGGGACGAAACGGAGCGAAAGCUUGUCUGUUGCCGCUGAACCACUCGCUGCAGCUCCCAGAAGGCGAAAGAAGAAACGAAGAGCGACCGUGGGGGGAGUUGGGAUAGAAGAGGAGACAGGUAGAAGGGGGAGGAGGAGGAGAAGGUCAACCAAACUACGUAGAGACACAACAGCCGAUAUCGGAGCCACGGGUCAGAACCGUGAGGAAAGUGUGCAAAACAAAACUCCGAGCGUAAGUUUUGACCCCUACUCUACGAAACAUGUGGAGUCAUCUCAUCACGAGCAGCCGGAAGAGGAGGAACCACAUGCCAACCCUGGAUUGAGACCAAUGCCUCUUCAUCUGGCUGCAUCUGAAUUGAUCGGCAGACAGUUCAAGCCAAGUGACUUAUCCAGGUCCAGAAACUUUGCAAUAGGGGCUCGUGGAAGAUCGUCCAGCGAUGGUCAACAAGGAAACACACCAGUUUCGUCGCGAGAAGCUGCCAAAAACAUACUGGCUAGUUCCAGACCAGCCAGAAGCAAUACAGUUGAUAAAAUAAUGCCCGAAUCACUACGCGCAGCACAGAUGUCCCAAGGAGCUGCAGGCGGAGCAGGUGGUCCCGAGAACACUCAGCCUAGUGGACUCUCAGUUCCUCCCCGGCAACGUCCCGCAAGAACAGCUGCUGAGAGGCGAAAUCUACGACUUAGCCAGAAAAAUGCGAGGAUGAAACAGGAGAACCAGAGUGAGCCCGAUGAGUUCCGUUUUACAGCCGAAGACCAAUCGGUUAUGGAAGACACCGAUCAUGACCAGACCUGAUGAUUUUUAUUCACAUUUUUCUGCUGUCUUAAUACAACUUUUUCGUCACAUCAUGCAUCAACAAACUGAAGAUUAGCCAAUGCGACAAAUUACAACCUCAAUAACAGAUGAGCCUUGAACUAAUUAUUAAAUUAUUCUUUGCAAUGAAAGUUAACAUUUGAACAAUCGUAAACUUCUAAUCAAUCUCUACUAAUUGUUUUUCAAGCUGAACAAUUG